AUUAUUUCAAUAUUCCUCUCCAUUGUUUCAUUCCAGGUGGAAAUUCAAAUGCUGGACACCGAAAAGCUGACUUUCGAGCAUCAGUGCGGAGGGGCGGUUAUCGCGGAGCGACUGGUCCUCAGCGCGGCGCACUGCUUUGACAAACACCCGUUGCAAGUGGAACGCAUCAGGCUGGUGAUGGGGGAGCACCGUCUGAACAUCCAGGACAAGCACGAACACCGAUUCCUCGUUGAGAAGGUGGUUCCACAUCCUGAAUUUAGGAAAAACGGGCCUCACAGCAACGACAUAGCCCUAAUCCUAGUGGCCCGCUCCAACCACGUUCAGUUCAACUCCCACGUCCGUCCUAUAUGUCUGCCCGACGCAGGCGCAGAAAGUGCAGGGAGAUGGUGUGCUGUCACCGGGUGGGGAUACCAGACAGAGAGCACAGAAAGCUUCGCUCCAGUCUUACGCGCCGCCGCCGUGCCGGUUUUGGACUUGGCCACAUGUAGAAAAGACCAGAUCCUGGGUGGACGGCAGCAGGCGAUCCUGGACUCCAUGAUAUGUGCAGGCAUACUAUCAGGAGGUGUAGACGCGUGCAAGGGCGACUCGGGGGGUCCCCUGGCCUGUACCCACGGGGGGCGCUGGCAGCUGCACGGGGUGGUGUCGUGGGGCGCCGGCUGCGGCCGCAGGGCCCGGCCCGGCGUCUACACGAGGGUCGCCGCGUAUGUUGACUGGAUCACCAGAACAGCUAGUGCUUUAGGACAUAGGUUAUAGAUUCUUAGACGGCAUCUGAGCGCUUGCGCCAUCGACCCUGAGCAUUGGGAGGAGCUUGCUGGAAGGAGGUCUUCUUGGCGUUCUACCAUCCAUAACGGUGUCAAAACAUUCGAAGAUAACCGCCUCACUAGCCUAGACAUGAAACGCCAGUUACGGAAAGAGAGACCUAAGCCCUCCUACGUGUACACGUUCAACGCAGCUGGCCAACUUUAUUGUCACGCGUGCAAUAGAGUAUUUAAGAGCAAGUUCGGCCUGGCCAGCCACAUUAGGGCUCAUGCUAGACAAUGUCCAUAAUGUGUUUAUUUGGGGUCGCCGUCAUCGAAAACGAUGAGGAGGACUAUAUAUAUAUAUAUAUAUUUAUAGAUUUUAGAUGUAAUUCGUUUGAGAAAAACCGCCUCGCGACAUUAGACGUAAAACGCCAACUACUCAAGGAUAGACCUAAGCCCUCCUACGUGUAUACAUACAACGCGGGCGGUCAACUAUACUGUUGGGAAUGUGAAAGGGUGUUUAAGAGCAAGUUUGGCCUGGCCAGCCACAUAAGAGCUCAUAAGAAGAAAAACCCUUGAUUGCUGAGGUCGCCGUCAUCGAAAUCGAUGUGGAGGACUAUAUAUAAUAUAUAAGGUGAGCGGUUACCAUAGUCUAUAGAUGUUUCCAGCACUAGGAGUGUCAAAUGCUCGUUGCUAUGGCAAAGUGUGGACUAAUUAAGUCUCAAAAAAUAAUAUCUAUGAGAGUAUGAAGGUUAUGAUGAGACUUACACACUUCGUAUUGAUUAUGCAAUGACAAAGUAGGUACCUGUCUUAAAACUUACAAUUUUCUUCGAAAUUUGUAGUACCUCCACACUUUGUAUUGACUUUGCAAUGGCAAAGUAAGGACCUGCCCCAAAACUUACAAAUUUAUAUGAAAUUGUGGUAGUUCCACAUUUUGUAUCUAUUGACUUUGAAACGGCAAAGUAUAGAGAUCUGCCUCGAAACUUACAAUUUUCUAUGAAAUUAUAGUGCUUCCACACUUUGUAUUAACUUUGCAAUGGCAAAGUAAGGUCCUACCCCAAAACUUACAAAUGUGUAUGAAAUUGUGGUACUUCCACAUUUUGUAUCUAUUGACUUUGAAACGGCAAAGUAUAGAGAUCUGCCUCGAAACUUACAAUUUUCUAUGAAAUUAUAGUGCUUCCACACUUUGUAUUAACUUUGCAAUGGCAAAGUAAGGUCCUACCCCAAAACUUACAAAUGUGUAUGAAAUUGUGGUACUUCCACAUUUUGUAUCUAUUGACUUUGAAACGGCAAAGUAUAGAGAUCUGCCUCGAAACUUACAAUUUUCUAUGAAAUUAUAGUGCUUCCACACUUUGUAUUAACUUUGCAAUGGCAAAGUAAGGUCCUACCCCAAAACUUACAAAUGUAUAUGAAAUUGUGGUACUUUCACACUUUGUACCUAUUGACUUUAAACGGCAAAGUAUUAGGGAUCUGCCUCAAAACUUAAAAUUUGUAAAGGCCUUCUUGAUUGUUCAAAAACGAAUGAGAAAGUUGCAUUUUAUCCACAUGUAGGGCAAAUUACAAAGUAAUCAGAUGUAAAUAUUGAGUUGUGUCCAUGUUAGCUGGUAGAAUUGAUAUUUAAAUGAUGAUCUUGAAUGAUAGUUUGUUCAUUCCGUUCAUGUGGAUUUGAUUUAGUUAGAUUUGGUAUGUCAUAGUAUUUUCCUCGCGUGAGUGUGGUGAAUUUUUUUUGUGUUUCACUCGGAAAUAGUCAUUUGUUUUAAAAGGGGCCAAAGUUGUUGUUUAACCGCUCGUGCUAAUAUUGAUACCCGAACAAACGAAAGAUUCCAGAAUUGAACCACUCAGUCAAAAAUAUCGUACUUUUUCGUAACUUCGAGGAAGAAAUUGUAUGAUAUAUGGUGAAAUCGCGGUAAAGAAUAGGAGAAAAUAAUAAUCUAUCCACCAUAUAGAUAUCAUACAAAAAAUAAAAUUCCAUAACAAUAUAAUAAUCAGUCAAAGCUUUUAACUUGUAUUUAUUUUAUUUAUUUAAUCGUAUGGCGUAUUAACAUAAACAUUUCAAAAAUAUAUAGCUAAAUAAAAUAAUUAUAAAUCUAGAUUCAGGGUCUCAAGCCACGAGAUUGCGUCUGGUGUUAAUUUAAGCAGAUCUUCCGGGGGGCCUGGAAAAGAGUGCAAAGGGCAGCGCUGUAUAAUAUGCUCGAUGGUUUGAACCUCUUCACCACAGUCGCAGAGCGCAGAGUCCCGCCAGCCCCAUUUAUGGCGAAAAUAGUUACAGCGCCCGUGACCUGUCCUCAGCCCGUGACAAACUACAAGGCAAAAUAAACUUUCUACUCAAAUAUUUUGUAUUUAUUGUUCUAGGUUGACAAAACUUACUUCGUUUUGCUUAGAAGGAAAGAAUAGACCAUCUUAAUGUGUCUCUUCAUUAAAAACUCUUUUGAAUAAUAAGUAACAGCAAAUAUGUAACAAAUUAUAUAUAUACCUAUUCAUUUACAUUCUUUAGGUUUCAAAAGUAAUAGUUACCAUUUUUUUUACCUUUUAACCGUUUAGAAUUUUCCAUCGAGUGUGCUCGGGUAUGAAGUUAUACGAAGUUUUCUAGAAGCGCCUGCUAAAAUUAUGAGAGCAAUGUUGUGUAUAGGUACUACUUAAUGGUUGAAACUCAAAAGUAGGCGCAGAAUAUUCUGUCUGUUAUACUAAAACCGCUGAACCGAUUUGGAUUAAUUUUGAUAUACGAAGAUAUGUGAAAUAAUAAAUAAGCUUCAGCAUAUAUCAUCAUUUAUAGGUUUCGCUUAAAAAAAUAUAUUUUGCAAAAAAAAAGGAAAGGCUAUAAACCUAGUAUCAUUGUCUUAAAACAUACUUAAAAAUCAUCGAGAAUGGAAAAUAUUUAAAGUGCAAAAGCGUUUUCUCUUUUUGUAUGGACGAUCACUUCCCUCUUAAUUAACUAGACUAUAAAAAUAUGCCGAAAUUAGAUACUAGAUUAACUAUAAUGACAUGAAGAGGGCCGGACACGUCUACCGUAUGCAUCCGGAGAGGUGGGCUAGCGUAGCCACCAACUGGAUGCCGGUAGAGGGACGUGGACAGGGCAGGCCCAGGCGGAGAUGGCGGGAUGACCUAGACAGCUGCCUGAACAACAGGCCGGAAGAAACACCAAGUCGCGGGAAUCAAGGGGAGAGGACUUUACCCAGCAGUGGGAUCCUCAAACAGGCUAAUAUAAAAUAAUAAUAAGAAGAUGAAAUUGAAAGAAGGAACAUGUCCAAGCGCUGACCAUUAUCCCAGUAAAUGGCACCAUUAAACUUAAGUCGUUAACAGGAGAAGUGACUGCGCGGUGUCAUUCACUGAACAUUAGGUUGCCAAGUAUUAGGUUGCCAAGUAUUAGGACGUUGCCAAGUAUUAGGACGUUCACCUUCGUAAUUGUUUACUACCUACUUAUUAAUAUACUGUUAUUGUUUUUAUGUAAAAGUGUGCCAUACUGUCGUCAUAACACAUAACAGUUCAUGACAGUGACAGAGGUUAGAACAAACUGUUAAAACUGUCAAGUGUAAAUUAUACUCGGUUCCGUAUUGUUCACUCAGACCUCUAGCGUGGAAUAUUGUCCGUGUGCCAGUUAAUGUGGGAAGGGCAAGCGGCGAAGCUUCACGUCAUGCUCUUCAGCAACCCCAAAUUACGUUUUGUAAUUUUUAGGGUUCCGUAAGCAAAAAACGGAACCCUUAUAGAUUCGUCAUGUCCGUCUGUCUGUCCGUUUAUGUCACAGCCACUUUUUUCCGAAACUAUAAGAGCUAUACUGUUCAAAUUUGGUAAGUAGAUGUAUUCUAUGAACGGCAUUAAGAUUUUCACACAAAAAUAGAAAAAAACAAUACAUUUUGGGGGUUCCCCAUACUUAGAACUGAAACUCAAAAAAUAUUUUUUCAUCAAACCCAUACGUGUGGGGUAUCUAUGGAUAGGUCAUCAAAAAUGAUAUUGAGGUUUCGAAUAUCAUUUUUUUCUAAACUGACUAGUUUGCGCGAGAGACACUUCCAAAUUAGUAAAAUGUGUCCCCCCCCCCCUGUAACUUCUAAAAUAACAGAAUGAUAAAACUAAAAUAAAUAUAUGAUAUACAUUACCAUGCAAGCUUCCACCGAAAAUUGGUUUGAACGAGAUCUAGUAAGUAGUUUUUUUUAAUAUGUCAUAAAUGAUACGGACCCCUUCAUGGGCGAGUCCGACUCGCACUUGGCCGCUUUUUUAUUAUAUGAGGAUUUAGUACAAGAUUGGUUCUGAAUUUGUACAUACUUGAAAAAAAUUGUAUCUCUAAGCCAAGGAAAGAGUAUAAGCCAAAUGAAGUUGAGGUUGCUGUAGACCUCUCUCUCUAGCAACCCCUACUGAAUUCAAACAUAGGCUACAACUUUUCCAGCAAAUAAGAGGCUAGAUAUUUUGUACUCAUGAUUUUAUUCCCAAAAAAGUAAGUAAAUUUAAUAUAGUUCAAUUCAGUUAGUUGCCAGGAAACUUGUAAAUAAAGCCAAUUCUCGGCAUUAGCUUAAAUCGGUUUUAUCGUGGCGCCGAGGCCCGAAAUAAGCAUAAGAGUUAUAUAAAAACCGGCCAAGAGCAUGUCGGGCCACGCUCAGUGUAGGGUUCCGUAGUUACUCUUCCGUCACAAUAAGCUAAACUGGAGCUUAAAGUAUAGUAAAUUGUUAACCAAGGGAUGAAACGAUACCUUUCACCCGAGUAAACAAAUAGGCAAAUUUGCAUAAUCAGUACCUAUUUAAAGUAAGUAAGUCUUUUUACUAUGAAGGGGAAACUUUUUGCGAUAACUCAAAAACAGCUAAACUGAUCAUGCCCGCUAUAGUUUUCGUUUAAUGUAUUUCUUAAGCUCUACUUCCACGAUUUUUUUCAUAUUUUUUGGGCCUAUGGUUCAAAAGUUAGAGGGGUGGGGGACACAUUUUUUUUUCUUUCGGAGCGGUAUCUCCGAAUAUAUUCACUUUAUCAAAAGAUGUUUGUUGAAGACCCCUAGUAGUUUUGAAAGACCUUUCCAACGAUACCCCACACUAUAGGGUUGAAGCAAAAAAAAAAUCACCCCCAAUUUACGUGUAGGGGAGGUAACCUAAAAAAAAAUUUUUUUUGAUUUUAUUGUACGACUUUGUCGGCUUUAUUGAUUUAUAUAUCCAUGCCAAUUUUCAGCUUUCUAGCACUAACGACCACGGAGCAAAGCCUCGGACAGACAGACAGACAGACAGACAGACGGACAUGGCGAAACUAUAAGUCGUCAGUCAGACCGACCUAGCCCCAAACUAAGCAAAGCUUGUACAAUGGGUACUAGGCUUCGAUAUACACACGUAUAUAGACAAAUACAUUCUUAUAUACAUAGUAAACACCCAAGACUCAGAAACAAAUAUCGGUGUUCAUCACACAAAUAAAUGCCCUGACUGGGGUUCGAACCCGCGACCCUCGGCUUCAUAGGCAAGGUCACCCACUAGGUCAGACCGGUCGUAUAAAAACCUAUUUGUCAGUUGGAACCAGGUUUGAACACUUUGAACUCAGUAUACGAGUUAUGUAGAUUUCUGACAUGGCUUAAAACGUGAUAAAAUGAUGACAUACUCGUAAUAUCAUUGUUUAUCACUCCAAGGGAAAAAUAUAUGUUGUUACGAGAGAGCAAAGUUGUUAAGUUCUCGUGUUAAUAUAGUCGAGCAAGUGGAUGAUUUCAACAUUGUACGGCGAGCGUAGCGAGUGGUUUGAAAAUAGUUAUUUGUUUUACAAGGGUGCCCCCCCUUUGUUGUUUAAUCGCUCGUGCUAAUAUUGA